UCGGAACAACAAUUUUAGACAUUCUGAUUAAUAACAGUACCUUAAAAAUAAAGUUCAAUGUAGUAGAUAACGAUUUUAAAAUAAGACAAGAUGGCAUUCUGGGUAAUUCAUUUUUAAAAAAAAACAAAGCCAUUAUUGAUUUAAAUCGCGACUUAUUAAUUAUUCCUACGGGUACAGAAGAACUUAACUCGUCACAUUUAAUUAUUCCACAGCGCUCUAACUGCCUAGUAUGUAUUAAAGUAGAAAAGUCAAUUCAGGCUGAUAACAUUUACAUUGAAAAAAUAGAGUUAAGCGACGAUGUAAUUAUCGCAAAUAGCGUAAGUCCAAUCAAAGGGCAACACACGGUAGCAAAUAUUAUAAACAUAGGCGAACAACCGGCUUUCGUAGAAAAUAUUGAAAUGAAUAAUUUAAUCUGGGGGCCGUACGAUAAUAACAAGGUAAAUGAUAGUACUACACCAGACCAAUAUGAUGACUCAAGUAAUAUCAUGUCUAUCAGGGAAAAAUUAAGUGGGGCCAGUAGGUUAGAAGCGCUCGACAAGCUUAUUAUAACAGAUCAUCUACUUGAUGACGAACGGGAAAAAUUACUCGAUAUCUGUUUUAAAUACUCGGAAGUUUUCUUUCUUGAGGGCGAUAUAUUACAAGCAACAGACGUAAUUACUCAUAGAAUCCCCACUCCCAAUCUCACGAAACCAAUAAACGAAUUAUUACAGUUAUCGGACAUAAGAGUUUAUUACGCCAAUGAUAACAUUGUUUAUCUAAUUAAUUUACCGUUGGUAUACCAAACACAGCUAACACUGUUUGCCGUACUAGCAAAACCGGUAAAAUUAGACAAUAAUUUUUCUUAUGUAUAUGUUAAACCAAAUUUUAAAUAUCUAGCUAUAAGUAAGACGAAUGAGCACUAUACGAGCUAUUCAGAUCUAGAUUUGUUAAACUGCGAAGUAUCAAAAACCUUCCUGUUAUGCCCUGAAAUUCAAACCUUACAUCCAACAAAUAUGAAACCUACAUGUGAAGUCCAAUUAUUCCAAAAUACUAGAAUUUUCCCAUCCAAUUGUAAUAUUCAAUACCUAAACAUAUCAUAUUCUAUUUUCCAUAAAUUAAAGUAUAAAAAUCAAUGGAUUUUUACAACUCCAUUUGACACGUUGUUUCUCACGUGUGACAAUAUUAAAGAAUCAAUAUCUUUUUCAAUAGAAGGGGUAGGUAUUCUUUCUUUAAAUGAGUCCUGUAAGGCAUAUGGGAAAAAUGAUAUCCUUAUUCCUUCCCCAAUUUCUAAAGAUAACAUUUUCACAGAUGUUAUUCCAAAUACUAACAUAUCUAGCUUAAUAAAUUCAACAUUGUAUAAAUUUCCAAUUACACAUGUUACAGAAUAUGUUAAUAUCCAUAAUUUAAACGAUAUGGCUAAUCUCAAAACAGAACUGUUAUUACCUAAUCAUGAACAGUCAUAUGGUCUGUUUUUGUCUGUUCUUACUAUAUUACUAAUUAUUAAUAUAUUAAUUUUUAUUGUAUUCAUUAUCAUAAAAGUUGUAAGUACAAGAGAAACCUUGCGUUCAGUUGAAGGACAUACUGGUCGUAAUUUCAACAUAAACAAUGAAACGGUUAAUGUAAACAAUGAAAAUAUUAAUGUACUUAACGAAAGUAUUAGUGUAAAUAAUAUUAGCAAUGAACCUCCGUGUGUUCAUACUGAACAUUCGUUUGUUAAUAAUGAGCCUCAAAAUGUUCGGAACGAACAUCUCAACAGCAAUGUAGCAAUACCAUACCAUAAUUCUAACACGCCUCGUGCUACAUUUCAUAUUCCAAACCGUUUUUACUCGGUUUAUCCACGUUUAUAAAAUAUAACCAUUAUAUUUCUUAUUAUAUACAUUAUAUUUCAUAUUAUAUUCAUAUUAUACUCAUAUUAUAUUCACAUAAUCCAUAUAUUAUAUUCUUAUUGGUACGAAAAACAUCUGGGUACUUCGUCCACAUAUGUUUUUCAUUUUAUCGGGGGGAUGUAAUGGUCAGAUCUCCUUGAGAUACAA